AUGCUCCCCCGCCCCCUCCUAACUUCAACAUUCGCACUACAUUACCGCAAAAUCCCCAUUCUCGCUAUUGGUCGAGAGGUAUACUGCGACACGUCCCUCAUCAUUGAAGCAUUAGAACACGUCUUUUCUGCAAGUCAAGGAUGGGGGAGUUUGUACCCCAAGUACGAAGGCGUGAAUGAGUGGACUUACCGCGGUCUUGUUCGGGGAUUUGCAAGUUUCUGGACUGAUAAAUCACUCUUCCGCACAACAACAGGCCUCAUACCCUCCAGCGUAUGGUCCUCUUCCUUUGGCAAAGACCGCGCACAACUCAUCGGGCACGCACUCGAUCCCUCCAAGCUCGCAGCCAAAAUUCCUCAAAACCUUUCGAAUCUGGAUUUGCACUUGUCGAUGCUUGAACCUACUUUUCGUUCCGGCAUGUGGGCCUUCCCUACAAAAACGCCUUCUUUGGCGGAUAUAAGCCUGUACUAUCAGCUCAGGUGGGGCAUAGACAUUGCCGCCGGCAAGGGCAUAUACAAUUUAAGUGGAGGUGACACACGGGACACCAGCGACCCCAUUACCGAUGCCGUGUUCAAUAAGGACCGCUUCCCGGGGCUGUGGAAAUGGUUCCACGCAUUCGAGUCGUACAUUACUUCUCUUCCGGAUCUCGAGAUCACUGUCCCGGAGUCUGAUACGCAAUGGAAGCAGGCGUUACGCCAGACGCCGUUGGUAUCCGAGGAGAGGCUGUUAGUACCCACUGCGGUGGACCAGCAUUCUUCUCUUGAUUUUCAGCAUGGAUUAGUACCUGGGGUACUCAUUUCCAUAUCCCCGGACGACACGGGGCGCGAUAAUCCGACGUUGGGCACGUUGGUGAAGAUUGGUGUGGAAGAGGUGGUGAUUAAGCCGAAUGAACAGGCUGAGUUAAAUGUCCACGUUCACUUCCCGAGAUUGGGUUUCGUUAUUCAGGUUGUUGAAGGGAGCAAGUUGUAA